UCUUUUUCCUUUAAGGGUCUUUUUUGCAGUGAAACUCAAGCCCAUUGUAGUAUUAGCUAUAAUUGUGUACUAUGGAGUGGUUGUUGAUCUGCACGCUUCAAGUUGCGCUCCUCUCUACAAGCUUCUGCAUCCCGCCAUGCAAGCACUACUUAAAUCGCCGUAAGGAGGGUGUAUUUCAUUAUGAUCGCCACAUGAGAUACCAGCUAACAUACUUCAACGCUCAACAUGCGUGUGUACAGGAUUUUGGUGGAAAACUGGCUACAAGAGACCAGUUAUCACAAGCACUGAAGUCUGGCCUUGAGGAAUGCCGAGCUGGCUGGAUCACAUUGGCAGAGGUGGCUUACCCAAGAAUAAACAGUCACUGGAACUGCGGGUUUAAUAAAACAGGACUAAUAUCUUAUGGCAUCAGACAAAAUCUACAUGAAAAGUGGGAUGUGUUUUGUUAUAAAGAUGAUGAUGACUGUUCUCAUUAUAAUCUGGUUUAUUUUGGGGUGCCAUUUGGAACUUUGAAAAUGCAAACAAGUAACCCAUCUCCUACCUCUGCACCAAAAACUACUGCAUCAACUUUUACUUCGGAUCCAUUAGCAAGUUCUUUAAGCUCAUUAACUUCUAUAAAGAAUGUGAGCCUCCUGCAGGAAAUGCUGACGUCAGAGCCAUUGGCAGGAGCAUUAGAGCUUCCAGCCAUGCUUUCUGAGCAUCAUUCUUUCACUGAAAAUGAAUUAGUAGAAAAUCAAGAAAAGAUGUCUGUAUCUACAGACCUCGGUAACCCUACACAAAAAUAUAAAGAUGUUCAAAACAGCAAUUCCAAGAAUGUGCAAGUACCCAAGCUGGUUUCAUACAUAAGUGAAUCAGAAGUCAAUUCUUCGAACAUAGAACGCACAGUAAGUUCCCAUAGAACCGAGGCCACUACUAACAUAAUGAUAAGCACAAUACCUUUAAAAUCCUUUCCUAAUCGGCAUGAUAUAAGGAAUCCAGGAAUAAAUGAACACCUAUUAGACUCUCAGUUCUUUGGAAUAAAAGAAAUCGAUAAUUUGUCAUCACAGUCGCUACCUACAACUCCCCACAGUCCUGAUUUGUUUAGUAAAGUAUUUGAGUCAACAAGAAACAUUAUUUCAGAACAAAAAGUUAUGCCAGAAAUAGGUAGCAAAUCAAAUGUAACACCAGUACCAAAGGCCUACUUCCCAAACAGUAACUUCCAAACUGAGACUAUCCCGAAUAUGACAAAUGUACCCAUAAUAUUUGCAACUCAAGAAGACACAACAGCAGAGAAUGUUUUACAAAAUUCUUCAAAUAGUACAAAGAUUCCAUCGGAAAUGUUUUCUGGGACAGAGCAGGAUUUCAUCAUAACAGCAAACUCAAAAAGUACACCUUUGACACCCUUGUUCACUGAAAAACAAUUGGAUGGUAAAGCUGUUGGUGAAAGCACAGACAGUUUUUACACCAACUUGUUUCAAUUGCAACCAGAAAAGGAUGUUACUGUUGAUUUCAAUGGUGUAUCAAAUACUAACGGGCCAUACACAUCUACUGAUCCUCAAGCUAAUCAGCCAGCAACAGAUAACAAAAGCCAAGCAGACGGUGUUUACAAGCAAAAUGAAGGGUUUACUGUACAACCCACUACAUUUAAUCUCUUAAAUCUCCAAAAAACAGAGCAGUCCUUUUCACCCUCAGAAAGUAGUAGCCUUUCAUACAUGAUUUUAACAUCCAUUUCUGGAAAACACAAUACAGCUCAGCUAAGUAAAAAUGAAAAAAAUGACUCUUUAACCGGGCAUUUAACACCAAAGGAAAUUAGGACAGAAGAUGCAAUAUUUUCAGCCACGGAACAACCAACCAUAACAUACACUCAUAGGCCUGUGACUACAUCUGAUACUGUAGAGGAAUUUGCUUCCACAAUACAGACAGAUUUAACAACUUAUUCACUUUUCAGUCCUUCUCCGCAACUGGAAGGAACCAUUAACCCAGAAUCUAAGAUGGCCGUAACAGACACACAUGUGGGUAUGUGUGGGGGCUUACUGAGAGGAGUAUCUGGGCAGUUCAACAGUCCUGGAUUUCCACAGUCCUAUGAAAAAGAUAUGAAUUGUUCUUGGGUCAUUGAAGCUCCACUUGGCCACACUGUAAUUCUGGAGUUUUUGUCCCUUGCUAUAGAAGCUCAUAGGAAAUGUGAAUAUGACUAUGUAAUUGUGUAUGAUGGAAAGGAGCAUAAUAACAAUGUGCUGGGCAGGUUUUGUGGCUCCCAACAUCCCCCUCAAAUGCGAUCAGCUUCCAAUGUGGUGACAGUGAUAAUGAGAUCUGAUUCUUCAGUAGAAUUGGAUGGGUUUUCCUUACGCUUCAGCACAAUGCAGUCCACCUCAGGUAUUCGCCUGGUUGGGGGAAAAAAUAGCUUUGAAGGAAUAGUUGAAGUGGACUACCAGGGAUUUCGAGGAACCGUUUGUCCUAAGCAUUGGAGUAACAAAGAUGCCAAAGUUGUGUGUCGCCAGCUUGGCUUUCAAGGCCCUGCAAUAGCUACAAGGAUUAUUGGAGAAGAUAGCGUUUUAUCAGCAAUUUCUUCAGUUAACUGCAACGGAAGUGAGGCUGUACUGGAAAACUGCAAUAUAAAAAUGUCUGGUACAUGUGAUACCAAAGAAAGAGCAGGUGUUAUUUGCCAAGUGUAUGAGUCGUGUGCAGCUUUAAAGAAUGUUGGUGUGCAAGAGUCUGGAAUCUAUAUGAUAGACCCAGAUGGCGUGGACCAAGGGGUGAGCCACUUCUAUGUAGAGUGUGAUAUGGAGUCUGACCACCUAACAGGAAUAACAAUUGUUGGACAUGAUGCAGAAAAUAAGGAGAGAGUUAUUCCCUGCAGAGAGCCUGGAUGUUACUCUCGAACUAUUACAUAUAAAACAGCUUCCUUGGCUCAACUAAGAAGCUUGACUAGUGCUUCUGAGAGCUGUGAGCAAUUUGUGAAACUGGACUGUCGGUACAUCAGAUUUUUGGAUGGACCAUGGGGCUGGUGGGUUUCCAGAGAUGGGGAAGCCAUCACAUCCUGGGGGGGAGCCCCAACAAACAGUGGAAGAUGUGCAUGUGGAGAAAAUGGUGACUGUGCUUUUGAAAUGACAUCUUGCAACUGUGAUGCAAAUGAUGAUGUGUGGAGGACAGAUGAAGGAUUCAUAACGGAUAAGUCAUCAUUGCCAAUCAAGGAAAUCCGAUUUGGAGUGACAGAUAUAAUAAGAUCAAUGGCAUUUUACCAAAUAGGCAAGCUUCGCUGCUUGGGAACAAUUUCAGAACCUCCAAUCUUAGAGUCGUGUGCUGCUCUUAAAGAAGCUGGUAUUAGUGAAUCGGGGAAAUAUGUAAUCGACCCAGAUGGUGUUGACAAAGGACUUUCUGAAUUUGAGGUCUUCUGUGACAUGUCAUCACAAUCCGGUAUAACAGUUAUAGGCCACGACGGUGAAAGGCGUAUACCAGUAAGCCCAUGUGAGGAUCCCGGGUGCUACAAGAGAGAAUUUGUAUACUCAGCAGAUCUCGCUCAGCUAAAUGCUCUUACUAAAGUGUCACAAAGUUGUGAACAAUUUGUUAGGCUUGACUGCCGCCAUGUGCGCUUCAUUCAGUCUGGAUGGGGCUGGUGGGAUUCCUGGAAUGGAGAGAAGAUGGAUUACUGGGGUGGUGCUGAUCCUUCAGUCAGGGGUUGUGCAUGUGGAAAAACUGGUACAUGUGCAUUUCCUGAUAAACUCUGCAACUGUGACAGCAAUGACAACAUCUGGAGAACAGACGAUGGCUUCCUACGUGAUAAAAGAGCUCUGCCAAUUAAGGCAGUGUAUUUUGGAGACACCAAUAACUUCCCCCUUGAAAUGGCUUACCACAGUAUUGGAAAAUUAAGAUGUAGAGGCAGGGCUAAGAAAAACGAAGACUUUCAACACUAAAAAGUUCUUCUAAAUACAAUGCUGAAGGCAAUGCAAUCUGCAAUGCAAUGAACAUAUGAUGUGCUUCUUUCUUAGAGUUCUUAUACUAUCAGUUGUUCCUAUCACUUUAAUACUUUAGAUUAAAUUACAUUUUAAAUGAUU